AUGAAUAAAUAAUUAGAUUUUAAUCUAAAUUUUCCAAAGCAUGACCAAUCUAAGUUUCAAUGCUAUAAUGAAGUUAAAAAUGGGUUCUAUUUAAACAAUCCGAACGACGUUUAUUACUUCGAUGAGAAUGAGGGAUGGGCAGAUUAUAAUGGAUGUUAUUAUGAUAAAAAUGGAUGCCCUGCUGGAUGGGUAUUUGUGAGUUAGGGUAAAUAUACGAGAUAUAACAUGAAUUAUGAGGAGAUUAAUAAUGAAAAUAAUAAGUAUUAUCAUGAAACCAUCUCUGAGGAGGAGAUGUAAAAAAGAUAAUUUUAAGACUAAAAUUCCUAGUAAAAAAGUUCCUGUCAAAUGGAUGAAAAUUCUUAGUCAAAUUAAAACGUAGAUGAGUAAUCUUAAUCUAUGAAACAACCUUUCGGAAGUUUGAAAGAACAUCAAUAAAAUUUUUAAAGAUAUGUUCAGGAUAAUAAUAUGCAGUUACAUUAGACUUAGUUCUAAUAAAGAAAUUACUAAAAAGGAUAUUAAGCGGAAUAAUAAACUCAACUAUAGAGUCACGAUUAUCAUAGAGACUAAAAUUAUAAUUAAAACUAACAUUGGAAUAAGCCCUAAAAUAAAUUUAAUUCUUAUUAAAAAGACCAACACAAUGAUUAUUAGAACAGGUAGCAUCAUAAUAAUAAUAAAAAUUUUAAUAAUUAGGACAAUAGAAAUAGUCAUGAAUACUAAUCUGAAUCUAAUUAAAAUAGAAAUUAUUAGAUAGAUAAUAGAAGUUAUAAUAAUCAUAAUAAUAACAGAAACCAAAACAAUCAAAAUCGUGAUGAUCCAAAAUGCUUUGAAUUGUAUAACAAUCAAAAAUAUGAUUAUAAAUUGAAAAAUCCUUUCACAGAGUAAACAUAAUAAUAGUAAUUAAUCUAUAAAGAUAAAAGAAGAAAUGAUGAUUAAGAUGUAUAUCCUAAAGUAGAAAAUAGAAAAGAAUAAUCAAUAAAUUAUAAAUAUAACUACUCUUUUUAGAAAAAUGAAAAAGGCCAAUAAAAUAGGCAUCCAGAUUAUAACAAUUAUCAAAAUAAUUAUAAUCAAUCUAAGAAUGAUAGAUAAAAAUUUCAUAAAAAUAAUAAUUAUAAGUAGAAUGGCAAUUUUGGAUCAAUGAGAGAAAGAAAUUAAUACGAUGGCGACACCCAAUAAUAAUUUCAAUAUGUUUUAUGUAAAAACAAUUCAUAAGAAUAAUAUGAAUUUCAUUAGCCGCACACUCAACCAAUAUAGUAAUUUGAAUAGAGUAGCAAUUAAGUCCAAGAUAAAUAAGGAGCACCUGAGAAAAGAGAAAGAAAAUCAAGAUUAAAUGAUCCAAUCGAAUAUUAAUAGUGA